CAACACUGCUGAAAAAUGACUCAUUUCCUGACACGAAUACCAUAUUCAAUUACCAUGGCUCAAGAUAAAGUCCAGCCCACAAGCCUUCCAAGCAAAAGCUGUCUGCAGAGCUAAAAGCACCUUAUACAGCUAAACUAUUCUGCUUUUAAAGCAGAAGAUCAGAGACUGAGAAUCAUGGCAAGAAGACUUUUUACUCAUGUGCUGGCUUUGCUGCAUUUCUGUCCUUCUUCUGACUCCUAUGAACCACCUACAUUGCCUGAUAUUGGAGAUCCAAAGUUUAUUGAUGAAUGUGUGGUAACACAUAACAGAUUCCGGUCUGGAGUGAAUCCGGCAGCUAGCAACAUGCUUUACAUGAGCUGGGAUCCAGAUUUGGCAAAGACUGCAAAAGCUUGGGCAAAGAAAUGCCAAUUUAAACAUAAUAUCUACCUCAAAGAGCCAGGGAAAGCUCACCCCAAAUUCACUCCUGUUGGAGAAAACCUGUGGACGGGCUCACUUUCAGGUUUUACUGUGAAAGGAGCCAUCACUGCUUGGUAUGAGGAGGUCAGCGCCUACAGUUAUGCCACCAAUAGCUGUAAAGGAGUGUGUGGUCAUUACACGCAGAUUGUUUGGGCUAAAAGUUACAAAGUUGGCUGUGCUGUUCACUUUUGUCCGAGAGUGACGGGCUUCCCUGCAACUAAUGCAGCACACUUUAUUUGCAACUAUGGACCAGCUGGGAAUUACCCAAAGCACCCAUACGAGAUAGGAGCAGCAUGCAGCAAGUGCACGGGCGAGCAGUGUGCAGACAAGCUGUGUAAAAAUGCAGAGCGUGACAAAGUCGUUAGUGAUUCCAGAUGGUAUCCAGACUGGGACAGACCUGCAUGUGAUGAGUACUGUAUCACCGUUAUAGUUUUAAGGCCGUUAUUACUUGCACUGGCAAUUCCAGCCACCUGGAUCUUCCAGAAAUAUUGGUCUGUAGCACCUGCCAGUGAAUAACACACAUGCAGAAGACUGCAAGAGCAGUUAGGUCAAUUCGUCCCUACCCUAUGCAUGUUACUGGUAGUGGAAAGAGCUGUAGAGACAUCGAUUGCAUCCACAGAUGAUUUAGAAAUACAAAAAUAUCAUUUUCAUUUCCAGCAGCAGGUAGGAAAGCUGGUAGCAGCCUUCUCAUUGUUCAGAACCAAUCAUUGGUUUUAAAUCACCCACUUUUUUUCUGAAGUGGAGCAGUCGGAGAAGGGGUUCAGUGGGUAACGGAGCAUGCUGCAGAGGCAGUGAGACACAGACAGCUGCCCACAGCACUAAGACCGGUUGCAGGCUGACUCCAGCCCAGGAGCCUGUCCCUCGCCCCAGCCAAGGCCCAGGGCUGCACGCACACCUCUCCUCCUCCUGCAGCAGUAGCUCCUAGGAUGCUCUUCCAGCAAGCUGCAGCGGCAUGGUGUUGAGUAGCUGACAAUUUUUCUUAACAACAUUUAUCAAACUGUUUUUGGAUGCCUGUAAGCUCUUACAUCUGCAUCCUGCAGCAAGCAGUACGCUUCCCAGUCUCGCUGUGCACUGAGGGCGCUGGCACUUCUCUGUUUAGGAUCUGUUUCCAGACAUUAACUUCGUCUAUGCCAGGAAGCAGAGUUUCACCUGUGUUUACAUUUGGUUAUGUACAACCUCAGCCUUUCUUCUCUCUCUCUUUCUCUCUUUUUUUUUUUUUCUCUAAAUAUGGGGAUUUUGACUGAUGUUUUGAAAAAUAAACCAUUGUUUCCUCUUU